CAGCGCUAGUUUGGACACGAAUUAAAGGCUAAUGAAACACGCCUAUAAAAGAGGUCUGAUGGGUUGUUUUUUCUCUCGCUUGUCAGUAGCAUUAACUUUUGAAUCUGAGCGGCAGGUGAUGAACACAGACCUGAUAACACGAUUUAUGACUGCUUAAUUUCGUGCAGUUUUAUUUAUUGAUGCAUGUGUUUGAACUUUGCUUAGUGCUGAAACACCGGGGGAUGCUCCACGCGUAAAUGGGCGGAUUGGGUACGAACUUCGGUUAAGCUUUCAAUGUCAGCAUGUUGAAUGGGACUGAGGCGAUAAGUUUUGGCAAAGAAGCAGAAACGGCCAGCCACCACCAUCACAACCACAACAAGGAUCUCUCGGAGCUGAAGAUGGGGAUUCAGGACGCAAGGUUUUUAUAUCAGGACCCGAACCCGACCGGACAGGAGAACUGUUCCCUAGCGUUACCUUAUUCCAGCCAGACUCUGUCCGGGAGCCAAAGCGGUCGGUUUUUCACCUCGGCAGCCCUCAGUAGCUGUCACUACAACCCCGUGAGGUCUGCAAGCGGAGGGGGCGGGGGGCAGGCGUACACCGCUCCGGGGAGCGAAGUUUGCGCCGCUACUGGGGGAGAGUUUUACCCCCCUAGCGGGGAUGUGUAUUCAUCCAGCCUGUUUCAACACGGGUAUCCACGGCCUCUGCACGAUCCUUUGCCCGGAUUUCAAGUUUGUGGGAAAACGCAGGUGGUUUUAAACAACUACACGCUCUGGGCAAAAUUUCACAAGUACCAGACUGAGAUGAUCAUCACUAAACAAGGACGGCGGAUGUUCCCCUUCCUGAGUUUCAACAUCACGGCUCUGGACCCAACAGCCCAUUACAACGUGUAUGUGGACGUGGUUCUGGCAGAUCAGCACCAUUGGCGCUACCAGGGAGGGAAGUGGGUCCAGUGUGGCAAGGCAGAGUGCAACAUGCCAGGUAACAGGAGUUACAUGCACCCCGACUCUCCUAACUCAGGAGCUCACUGGAUGAGGCAGGAGAUCUCCUUCGGGAAACUCAAACUGACCAACAACAAGGGAGGCUCCAACAACACAGGGCAGAUGAUCGUGCUUCAGUCUCUACACAAGUACCAGCCGCAGCUGCACAUUGUGGAGGUGAAGGAGGACGGCACCCAGGAGCCACACAUGACUUCCAGGACCCAGUCCUUCAUCUUCCCUGAGACCCAGUUCAUCGCUGUCACUGCCUACCAAAACGCUGACAUCACACAGUUGAAAAUCGACCACAACCCCUUUGCUAAGGGAUUUCGGGACAAUUUUGAUGCGGUGUACGGGCAGAUCGAGAAUGACAGUCUCUCCCCCUCUCCUACUGACGCCACCGGCUGCCAGCAGCUUCUGUCCAGUGGGUGCUACCCCCAGCCAUACCGGUCAGAGCCCUACUUGAGCCCCCUCCAACAGAGCCGCUAUUACAGCCGCGAUCGGGCAACCACAGGUCUCCCCGGGCAAGCCAAGGAGCCUGGGGUCAGCAGCAGCAGUCCGCACAGCCGCUGGUACCACCCGGGGCAGCAGACCCCCACCACGGGGAACCGGCUGGACCUCAGCACCUACGAAUCCGACUACGCUGCUAACGCCUUUGUCUCCUACAAACCCUUCCCCAUCCAGACCUCGGCGCACCACUCCCUGGGUUACUACCCUGAGAAUCCUUUUGGGUCCCCCCCAGCUUCGGGGGCGUGGGGAUCCAGCCGGCCCGCUUCCCAGUACCACCACCUCCACAAACCCGGGCUGAGCUGGUUCAGACCGAUGCCGGCUCACCCCUCCGUAGCCCCGGAGCUCCAGCAGUGCCAUCCCUCUCUCUCUGCACCCCAGCAGGACAAGGUGAAGGAGGCCGGUGGGGAGGACUCCUCCUGGUUGGAGCCCCCCUCAGUGAAGUCUGUAGACUCCGCCGAUUCGGGGCUGUACGAGGGGGCAGAGUGCAAGAAAAGGAGGGUGUCUCCGUACGCCUCAAGCACAGAGAGCUCCCCCCCGACCCGUGCAGGAGAAGCCUGUGAGAAGGAGAGCAGCGGCGAUGCUGGCUACUAUGGGUUUUAUGCGAACUGAACACAAAACCUGCCUCAGAAACACCGAAGCGCGCCGAGCAAAUAACACCCAACGAUUGGGAGGGUCCUUAAAUAUGGGUCCCCCGAACUCUCUCGCACACAAUCUCACAAACGGUGUUUCCGUUGCCCGCUUUUUGCGUGCUCAAUCAGGUCACGCUGUUGCUGUUGUCAUUCUUGAGUCCAUUGUCGGUCAUACACAUCAGAAUGAAAUGGUACAGUGUUCGUGUAGCAGUCAAGGUUUUAUCGCACUUAAAAAUGAGAAACGUCAUUAGAUUCCAUCCUCCAGACUUGCCUUUCCCACUGAACGUUAGCGACCCCUGCUGGUGGAGUAUAUAUUCCAACACACAUCGAAAUCAACUUGAUUAUUCUUCCAGUACUCACAAACUGGCCUGCACUGAGAGUAGUUCCUACAGCAUCUCCUUCAGCAGGGCUAUGUGGAAACUAAACUAAAACAUGAUUCCCAGGGAGGGCGUUGACCCUUGUCUCACCUCCACCUGGGGAAUUCUGGGAUUUGUAGUCCACAAGGUGCAUUGGCUAAUGAGGUAAAGCCGAAUUGUGUCUGUUAAAAAGGCAGACAUUUUAAUCUGAUGUGUCAACAGAAAAAAAAGAAAAAAAAAAGCUUUUGUGUAAACACUGGUACUGCAAAUGAAAUGUUAUUGUGUAUUAUUAUUAUUAUUACAGUUAGUACCAAAGGAUAAGUGAUGUGACAUUUAGUUUAUUGAAUCUAUAUUUUUUUAAACAAGGUCUUUUUAUUUUAGGUUUAUAACCUGCCCACACAUGAAUGGGGUAGACUUGUGUCCUGACCCAAAAUGCAACAAGCAACUGAAUAGUAUUCCAAGUGUUUGGGUGUCUGAUUCAGAAAUCCGAUUGAUGUUUGUAAGUACUGGGGUGAUGCUUGUCCUGCAUAAACACACCUGUGGGGUAUAUUUUGGACAUUUUUAAUGCUCAAUAAGUCAGUCGGAUCAUGUGAUCUACAGCUCAGCACAGGAAGUGAUGCAAUACCAACGUGAACUAGUAUACAGCACUCCUGCAGGAGAUGCCUAUAUAUUUUCCCUCCCCAUAUAAAGCAUAGAAUAACUUUUCAAUGAAAACUAUAUUUAUUAAGUGUCCAAAAUUACUUCAAAUUGCCAUUUAUUUCAGCUAGGUUCAAUAUUUCAUACAGGAAAUGGUUCAGAUAAAACAAUACCAGCAAGCCAAGGGGUGCAAUGAUCCGGUCACACGCGAAUGAGAAGCACACAAUUUGAUUUUCAAGCCUUGGUUAUACCAAUCCUUUAACAAAGGGGAGAAAUUAUUUUGCCUUUUUCAUUUCAAAUUCAAACUUUUCAAGUAAACAGAUUAUUUUUGUAAAUAUGUAUUUGAAAGCAAUAUUGCAUCCCCUUUUCAACUUAUUUGUAAUACCUUCCACUUCAAAGGGAUACUUUAUGUCAAAUACAUUUUUCUGAUAUUUAAUUUCUCACCUAUUACUUAUGUUCUGUUUGUUUCUAUGCAUAUCUGUAUUUACCAGGCUUAAUUAUUCCAGCAAAAGAUGCUAUUAAAGGCUGGGGAGGAUUAUUAGUGAUGCACAGUGCAUUGACGCCCACAGGUGCAACACUGACGUUAUUCCCCAAGGUCUACCUUUUCAGAAGGAACUUUCACUGGAAUAUUUAAGCAUGGCAGAUAUACUAACAUAUGAGAAAUAAUAAGUUAUGAAAAAAUAAUUUUGAAUAUAUGACUUACGGUACACUGAAAAGAACAGAUUUAUUUAUUUGAAGCUGGCUUUACAUUGUGAAAAUGUGCAGUGUCUUUUUAAUAAACAACUUUAAACAAGUGUUUCACCAGCUCUCUCUCUCUC